ACAUUCCACAAACAAUCCUCGGCGAGGGCGGGGGGUCGGAGGGACGCAACGAGGAGAGGAGGGGCAAGAGGAGAGGGCAACAACGCAUAUCGGGUCGGGCACGAGUAGCAGCAGCAGCAACGACAGCGCGACGACGGAACGCACGCCAUCCAUGCCAUGCCAUGGCUAGGCAUGGCUAGUCACCACCACCACCACUCGCCGCGGCUCGGCUCUCGUUAAAUAAAGCUGGGGAGACUUACUUCCCACAGCAUCAUAUCUCAAUCCACCACCACACAAAUGGCAGACUACAAGCCCGCCGGGGCGCGCGAGCUGCUGCCCAUCGACCCCAGUGCUGGCGUGUUGCCGGGGUACAUUGCGCAAGAGCCGACGGUGAUUUAUCUCCGGGACAAGCUGUUCAGCGCGACGGAUACCGACAGCCCGAUCCGGAGGGGGAACGGCGACGUCGUGAUGCGCUUUGUCGACAAGGCGUGGAGUGUCAAGCGGCGGACUGAAAUCAACGACGCAGAAGGUAACCCCCUCCUCAAGCUCCGCUGCAACCUCGCCACGAUCCAGGGGCAUGUGAUCGCGGAAGACGCCGAGGGGAAAGAGCUCUUCGACGUGCAGGGCAAGUUCAAGCUCCUCUCGCGCCACUACGAAGCCACGUUCACGGAUAUCCAGACCAAAGCCAAGGCCACGCUCCACGUCCGCGGGGACAAGUUCGGGUCCAAGGCCGACGUCGUGUUGCCCGACGGGCGCGUGCUGGCGCAGAUUGACAGGCAGCUGUUCACCAAGAACGACAUUGUGAAGAAUAAUGAGAGUUACUUCAUCUGGAUCGCCCAAGGCGUCGACGUCGCGCUGAUUACAGGCAUCUGCGUAGCGGUCGACAUGAUCAAGGAGCAGCGCACCCCACCCCUCUCUCCCGCCGAGCGCGACAUCGUCAAGUCGCACGGCGGCUGGACGGCCUUUUGCGCAUCGUACGGCCUCGAGCCGUGGAACCCCGACGAGAACAAGGAGGCCAAGAGCCUGAUCCACCUGCUUGGGCGCAAGGGCAGCGACGCGGCGGAUAUUAGCUUGAGCCCGAAGAGCGAGCCGCGGUCGUUGUAGGCGUGGGGGCGCUCGUGAGGGCGGUUUUUGGAGGGGAAGCACAACGAAGACACAACGACGACGACGACGACGACUUGUUCAGAAGUAUGCAUGUGAUGAGAACGUGUUAGGGGCCUUGGCGUGCGCCGUCGACGAGCCCACUGGCGCAACCCAAGUCCUCUUGCCAGCGGCGAGCAAGGAGCGCAGGCCAGCAGGUGCCUC